CUUUUAAACGGGAAGGAAGAAAAGAUGAAGUUCGCAGUCACGUGCAGUGUCCCGUGACUCGGAUCCUUCACAAGACCAGUGUCACUGCUUCUCUGCAUCGCAUGGAAAGCGGUGACUACAUCGGGCCUGUGCCGACCGCCAUCAAGAACAAGGACUAUGGCGUCGACGACGAUGGACUCACCAUUGUUCCAACACCGACAUGGCAGUUUACGCCAUACGCCCUCUCUCUGUUCAUUCCGCAAGUCGACAACCAUCUGUACCUAACCACCGCCCUGCGGGAGGGGAAAUGUUAUCAGUUUGUCCAGCUCCCCUUUGACCUGCCAAACGGAAUAGCCGUCGUUCUCGACGGCGAGAUCCCUUUGAAGUUUUGGGAAAACGCGAAAGACAAAGCGCUCAAGAAAGGCGGGGUUCGACAGACCACAAACGCCCACUACUCCUUGAUCUGCACGGAACGCAUGAGCGAGGCGACGUUCCUCGAAAACCUGCGGCACAUCUUCCAGAUGCCGCAAGUCUACCCGUGCCGUAUCCACGCCGCCGCAGGGCUUGCCGACCUGACAGCAGAUUGGGAAGGAGCCUCAGACCUUGACGGACCGGUUCGUAUCGUCCACGAGGCCGCUGUGCAGCUGGCACCGCUGAUGUCGGGCAUGGAUAGAAUUGACGUCGCCGGGUUACACGGGCACAUCUCGAUUGAAAAGCCCACCUUUUCGUCGCUGCUGUCAAGCCCAUUCUUCAGCCGGGUUGCCUUCCACCUACUGGGAUUUGGGGUCGAAAUCGAAGACUCCCACUCUGCAGCUAUCCGCAUGGGGGCGAUCCGCGAAAUGAUUGCCGACAGAUACGAGUGGGACACCGAUCUGCCCUACAAAAACGUGGUGCUGCCGAACUCGGGAGUUGACGAUGUCGUCGAUAGCUUCAAGAGGGGUCUUUCUUUCUCGGAAUUUGAGUAUGGGGAACACGUGCCCAACUUGUCGGACAGCGAAGAGAGCGAGCAAGCCUUCCUAGACUUCUACAAACCGUUCGGGGUUUUGACGUGCACACUCAUCGCAGCGAACUCCGUUUGGGCCGUCAUGUCGUUUGACGGGACGUCGACAGACAUCCCACCCUUCCGAAUCGAACGCGAUAACAAAAUCUACGCUGCCGACGCCUGCGGAAGGAUCACGGAUUGGAUUGACGAUACUGAGCAGCAGCUCAUAGUUGUCGAGUCUUAUGCGGAUCCUAUUCCCACUCCCCGAGUCAAGUUCGAAAGGAUUCUGGCGGAAAGCGGUCGCACGCGACAAUGCAAAAAGAUCUUGCUCCCCUGCCCUGCCCCUAGCCUCGGUGCAUCGCCCGGUUCUGGUGGCAGUGACGAUAUGCACCUCCCUCUUGAAAGAUUAUGCGAAGAAAUCGUACAUCUCGGUUAUAAAGUGAUUACCGAACAAGCCGGCUUUGGCGUCGUCGCUAGCGUCCUGACCGACGCUGAACAAGGUUGA